UCAGCUGCUGAUCUAUUCCUGCAUUCAGCUGAAUUAUGAAGGCUGAUCAAUGACUGGAGAUUUGUGAUUGUUCAUCAGUUUCUUAUAGAGUUUCUGCUGGAGAUCAAACUCUUCAGGUCCAUCAUGGAGGACAAACACACACCUGGAGAUCUGGAUUUGUCUACAGGAUGCAGUUCAGUUCAUCAGAACAGAGCAGAAGCAGAGCCCAGCUGUGUGUCUAUGAAGAGUGACGUGUCUAUGGAUCCACCAACAAAUUUUAAGAGUGGAAACACAGGACCUGCUGUCAGCUCACGUAAGAGGAAGAGAGCAGAAGCAGAGCCCAGCUGUGUGUCUAUGAAGAGUGACGCAUCUAUGGAUCCACCAUUAAAAUUUAAGAGUAAAAACACACAACCUGCUGUCAGUGUGGAUAGAGAUGAUCAGUCUGGAGACCUGCUGCAGGAUUCACUCCAACCAGAACAUGAUGAACUUCAGAGAGUCAAAGAGCAGCACAAAACCACCAUGAAGAACAAGCAUGAGAGAUUAUUUGAGGGAAUCAACCAUGGAGAGACUCAAACCCUCCUGAACAGGAUCUACACACAGCUCUACAUCAUAGAAGGAGAGAGUGAAGGAGUGAAUGAAGAACAUGAGGUUAUACAGAUGGAGAAAAGAGCCAGAACAAAACCCUCACAACACACUCCAGUCUACUGCAAUGACAUCUUUAAAGCCUCAGCUGGAGCAGGACAUGAGGUGAAGAUCAAAAAGGAGAAAGCCCAGAUCAAGACUGUUCUCACUAAAGGCAUCGCUGGAAUCGGGAAAACCGUCUCUGUGCAGAAGUUCAUUCUGGACUGGGCCGAGGGAAAAGCCAAUCAGGAUGUAGAUUUCAUGUUUGUGCUUCCAUUUCGAGAACUGAACUUGAUCCGAGAUCAUCAGUACAGUCUUCACAGACUUCUGCUGGACUUUCAUCCUGAACUUGAAGAUCUGGAGCCCAAGAUUUAUGAGCAGUGUAGAGUUGUGUUCAUCUUUGAUGGUCUGGAUGAAAGCAGAAUCACACUCAACUUUUCAGAUGAGGAGAAAGUUUGUGCUGUGACUGAAUCUUCAUCAGUGGCUGUGUUGAUGUGGAGUCUCCUGAAAGGAGAUCUGCUUCCCUCUGCUCUCAUCUGGAUCACCUCCAGACCAGCUGCAGCCCAUCAGAUCCCCUCCAGAUACAUCAAGCGUCUGACAGAAAUUCAGGGAUUCACUGAGCCUCAGAAGGAGGAAUAUUUCAGGAAGAGAAUCAGUGAUGAGCAUCAAGCCAGCAGAAUCAUCUCUCACAUAAGAAGAGCAAGAAGCCUCCAGAUCAUGUGCCACAUACCCGUCUUCUGCUGGAUCUCCUCCACUGUGCUUCAGAAGCUCCUGGAAGAAGAUGUGAGUGCAGAAAUCCCUCAAACUCUGACUGAGAUGUACAUCCACUUCCUGCUGAUUCAGAUCAACAUGAGGAAGCAGAAGUAUGAAGAGAGAGAUCCAGAGAAACUCCUGCAGUCCAACAGAGGAGUGAUCCUCAAACUUGCUGAAGUGGCUUUCAGACAGCUGAUGAAGGGCAAUGUGAUGUUCUAUGAGGAGGACCUGAUUGAGAGCGGCAUAGACGUCACUGACGCCUUGGUGUAUUCUGGGAUCUGCACUGAGAUCUUCAAGGAGGAAUCUGUGAUUCAGCAGAGGAAAGUCUACAGCUUCAUCCAUCUCAGCUUUCAGGAGUUUCUGGCUGCUUUCUUUGUGUUUUACUGCCAUUUAACAAAGAAGAGAGAACUGCUGGAGUUGAUUUUAGGAUAUUCAUAUGAUCAAUAUCUACAGUCCAGCUCUGAGAAGUCUCUGUAUGAUCUGCUCAGUUCAGCAGUAGAUGAAGCUGUCAGGAGUAGUAAUGGUCAUCUGGAUCUGUUCCUGCGGUUCCUGCUGGGCGUCUCACUGGAGUCCAAUCAGAGACUCUUCCAGGAUCUGCUGACACACACAGAGGAGAGCUCAGAGAGCAUCAGGAGAAUCACACAGUACAUUAAAGACCAGAUCAAGAGCGAUGACUAUUUCAAGAGAGCAGCUGAAAGAUUCAUCAAUCUGUUCCUCUGUCUGCUGGAGGUGAAAGAUCAGACUCUGGCCAGAGAGAUUCAGGAGUUUGUGAAAUCAGACAAACACUCAGAGGAGGAACUCUCUCCUGCUCACUGCUCAACAAUCUCCUACAUGAUUGAGAUGUCAGAGGAGCCGCUGGAUGAGUUUGAGCUGCAGAAAUUCAACACAUCAGCUGAGGGAAGACUGAGACUGACAACAGCUGUGAGAAACUGCAGAAGAGCUCUGUGA